AUGCCUCUACUAACCCCACCAGUGAAAUACUUAGCUGCUUACUUAUUGUUGGUCAACGCCGGUAACACCUCCCCAUCUGCCGCCGACGUCAAGAAGGUCUUGGAGUCUGUCUCCAUCGAGGUCGAGGAGGACAAGGUUGAGAAGUUGUUGGCCGAGGUCGAGGGCAAGAACGUCGAGGAGUUGAUUGCCGAGGGUAACGAGAAGUUGUCCUCUGUUCCUUCUGGUGCCCCAGCUGCCGCCGGCUCUGACGGUGCUGCUUCUGCCGGUGCCGAGGCUGCUGCCGAGGAGAAGGAGGAGGCCGCUGCCGAGGAGUCUGACGACGACAUGGGUUUCGGUUUGUUCGACUAA